UUUGCCGAAGAGAAACACAGCACUACGUGCCCAAAGUUUGGGCGCGAAGGGACGCCAUUUUUGCAUCAUGUAUGACACCAUUGUAGCCCUGGUAUUAUAUACGCCGCCGCUCCGGAAAGAGGGAACCGAGCUUCUUUAACCACCCACCGCCCGCCAUUAUCAUCUCGCUCCAUCCCCUUCGCUUCUCUCUCUCCUUGCAUCUCGCCGGCCAGCCGUGUGCUGCUGCUCUCUGUCUCUGCGUGCGCCCGCCGACAGGCCAAAAGCCGAAGCCUUCCGCAGCAGCCUCUGGUGUGCGCAUUGGAGCGGCGGCGCCGGCGGGGGAAUUAAUUGAUCCAUGGCAGGCCUCGGGUACGAGGAGACCGAGCUCCGGCUCGGCCUGCCCGGCGGCGGGAGCGACGCCACCGGGGACGCCGCGGCCGCGAGGAAGCGGUGCUUCGAGGAGACCAUCGACCUCAAGCUGAAGCUGGAACAGCCGGCGUCGUCGCCCGCGGCGCGCGUCGAGAAGGAAGCAGAGGAGGACGGUGAGGCCGAGGAGGAGGCGGUGGCGGCGGCCGAUGUCGUCGCGGCCGCGUCGCCGGCAGCGUCCGCCACCGGCGGAGCUGGAGGUAACAAUAUGAAGAGGUCGCCGAGCCAGAGCAGCGUGGUCACCGCCGACGACGACGCGCAGCCGGACCCUGAGAAGCCUCGCGCGCCCAAAAACUGUGUGGAUCAUGAACGCGUUUGUGAUCUGUCUGAUGGCGCUCGCAGGGCGCAGGCGGUGGGGUGGCCGCCCGUCCGGUCGUCCCGCAAGAACAUCUUCUCCGUGCAGAAAACCGGCGGCGGCAAGGACGACGACGGCAAGUCCGGCGCCGGCGCGGCGGCGGCGUUCGUGAAGGUGAGCAUGGACGGCGCGCCGUACCUGCGCAAGGUGGACCUGAGGAUGUACGGGAGCUACCAGGAGCUGUCCAAGGCGCUCGAGAAGAUGUUCAGCUCCUUCACCAUCGGCAGCUGCGGCGGGUCCCAGGGGAUGCAGGGUAUGAACGAGUCCAAGCUGGCGGACCUGCUCAGCGGCUCCGAGUACGUGCCCACCUACGAGGACAAGGACGGCGACUGGAUGCUCGUCGGCGACGUGCCCUGGGAGAUGUUCGUGGAGUCGUGCAAGCGCCUCCGGAUCAUGAAAGGAUCGGAAGCCGUCGGCCUCGCGCCGAGGGCGAUGGAGAAGUGCAAGAACAGUUGCUGAGGAAGGCACACAUCAUCGCAAGCGUCCGGCCUGUAUUAACUGCAAGGAUGAUGGAUACGCGUCUGCCCGUCUCUGUAUCAUAUUAAUGUUGUUGUUGAUCGAGUUUACUGCCCUGAAAGCCUGUGUCGAUCUCUCAUCGUCGUCUCAGUCAAGGCGUGUUCAUGUAUUAGUCUGUUCUUUCUCGUUCUUUUAGGGAUUCCAUGCUUGUAUUGUUGUUGCGGUUAAGUUUCAUCUUGUUAUAUGAAGUAUAUAUAUACACACGUAACAAAGAUGGUGUGAUUAUUGAUCGACAUGCGCUUUUUGCA